AUGAGCAAGCUGGGCUACUCCGAAUAUACGGUGCAAGGAGGAGACUGGGGCCAUUUUGUUGCCAGGGAGCUUGGUGCUAGAUAUGCGGAUUCUUGUAAGCUGGUGCACUUCAACUUCGCGCCGGCCGGUCUACCGGACGAAAGGGAAGGAAGAACAGUUGAGGAGCAGAAUUUAGCUGUGAGGGCAGAUGAUUUCCUGAAGAAACAUCUUGGCUAUGCUGUAUGCAUGCGGACGAGGCCCCAUACGAUCGGACUCGCACUAAGUGACAUUCCCAUGGGGAUCUUAAUGUGGGUUGGGGAAAAGUACAACGAAGCCGCCAACCCGGAGAACCAGAAGCAUGCAUCGUGGAAGGAAGCUAUUCUCACGACAGCUUCGUUGUAUUACUUUACUGACUGCAUUAUGCCAUCCGCGCUGUGCUACUAUGAGAAUGUUCGGCAUGAGCAUUUUGCAGAGUUUACACAGGACACUGUCAACCGAGUCCAAGUGCCGUUCGGAUACAGUUCGUUCCACUGGGAUGUAGAUUUCUCUUCAAAGCGUGCGGUCGAGAAAACGGGCAAUUUGGUCUUCUAUAGAGAGCAUAAGAACGGCGGACACUUUGCGGCGCUGGAGUGUCCUCUAGAGAUUGUUCAGGACCUGCGAGAGUUGGCUUCGCAAGAAUGGAAGAGCUAA